AUGAACGGAAGCGAUGAUGUUAUCUAUAUUUGCACAAGGCCCCGAUCGGGUGGAUCUACCGCGCUUGCAACCACUACGUCUACUGGCGCAACCGGCUCCAGAGUUCACUGUGAUAUCCUCGGUCAAGCCCCGCGUACAUCCUGUCCUCGAGCCUGUGAACCAUCUUCCAUUUUGAACAGCACACAUAGCCGUGGCCGACGACUCGGACCGAAAUCGAGAUUAGCGCUUCCACUUGACCUGACGGUUCCUUCGAGAUUAGCACUUCCACGCGUCCUGACGGUUCCUCACGAAAUUAGAAACAAGUGUGUUCGAUUAGGUUGGGCACCAAAGGAUGGCGGAGAAAAGAGCCAGGAAGUCCAACUAGCAAGAAGAGAGUUCCAGCGUGUGGUCCGCCGUGCCAAGCGGCAGUACUGGCGCAUCCUCAUCGACGGCUUCUCAGAUAGCGCAUCGGUCUACAAGGCAGUCCGGUGGCUCAAAUCACCAGGAGCCUUCCAGCCUCCACCGCUUCAAAUUGGUGACGAUGUGUACGAAACACAGCUGGACAAAGCGAAUGUGCUGGGACACAGCACUCUUGAACGCCGCACGGUAGCGGAUAACAUUGCGGACCCAUGGAUCCUAGUCCUCCCAGCCCGGAAGAUACCCUUCGCCCAGACAGGCAACACAUCUCCCGGAGCCGACAACAUCACGGUCAAGCUGCUGCAAGCAGCAUGGGACAUCACCGGGGGACACGUCUGUCGCCUCUACCAGGGAUGCCUAACGGUUGGCCAUCACCCUGGAGUAUUUCGAGAAGCGGAGGUGGCCAUGAUACCCAAGCCGGGAAAGAGAAAUCUGUCGCCCCCUAGGGUAUGGCGCCCUAUUUCUCUGCUCUACUGUCCUGGGGAGGGCCUUGAGCGGAUGAUCGCUCGCCAACUAGCGUGUGCAUCGAUUUAUUACGCAGUCCUCCACCCACAGCAAGCCAGCGCGCUCCCGAAACGAUCUGCCGUUGACCUGGUCGCUGUACUGACUCCGAUCGAGCUGUGGGAUGAUUCAGUUUUGAAGAUUCAAUUCUGGAGAAUCCCUCGAACGCUGAAUGCGAUUGCAGAUGACGCCGCGAAGCAAGCUGCUAGGAAGGUGGACGGUCCAGAUGAAUACUGUGAAAUUAAGGGCGUCCUCACAUAG